CACUAAGAGGAAGGUCUCUUUUCCAAGACAGGCCUCAGCGUCUAAUAACGGCACCACAUGUCGCUGUAUUUUGAUAUUCGUGGUGUUUCAGUUUUAUAGUACUGCGUUAUCGUGACGGUGAGUGUUAAAUAACGUUUGAAUUCAGUGUGGGUGUAAAGCAUGGGGUGUCAAGUGGACCGGGUCGCAUGGUCCGUUCAAUUCCCGUCCGAGCAAAAUAUUCCGGUUCAGCUUCUGCGUUCAGCCGUGAGAUGUGGAGUUGAUGCUUUGUCUGAGGUAUGCUCAUAAUUAAAUUAAAACGAGUAAUUAACAAAAUACACAUACACGUCGAGGUAAAAACCGACCGUAUCCUGCCUGUAACACAAAUACAACGUUGUGUCACCACGUUGGAAAAAUGUAGGCGAGUGUUUUUAGGACAAAUGUGCACUCCCUGUGCUGAUCCAGCCCUGCUUUUCCAGCCCUGCUUUUCCAAACGCUCCUCUUAUGUGGGCAAAGAACAGCCUCAUGGAAACACAAAAAUCAAUUGAGGGAAUUGCAGUAUCAUGUAAUAACAUGGUGUGUUUUGUUUUGGCUUUACUUUGGAUGUGAAACAUCAAUAAAACAAUGCUGCAUUUUCAGAAAGAACAGCUGGACUUGCCACUCUGCUGAUUGAUAGAAAAUGUUAUUUAUGCUUAAUUUCUUGUAUAAAUGUACUGCAAAUAAAAGACUCCUGUUAGUUAAUUUAUUUUUACACCUAUUAAAAUGUAAUUCACAAAUGCAGACCCAAAUUACAACUUGGUAACUUCUCCACAAUACAUAUUUUCUACUAUUUUUUAUAGUUCUGACAUUGGUGUAUGUUUUUUAUAGUUAAUGGAACAUAAGCCUGCAAAUGAAUUAAUAUAACUAAUUACAAUAUUUAAGCUUGCAAAAUAGCAUAGAGUAGUGCUCUGUGCUGUGCAUAUAUUUCUUGUUCCAUUAUUUAAACAGAAGAGGGCAACAUGGUCCAUGAUUUGACCCGACUCAUUUAAUUUGCCUCCUGUGUGUUAAACCUGCAGAACAAAGCAGAUCUAUGUAGAUUCUGUACUGUUGUGUGGUGUUAUAUAGAUUAAAGUGUUGACUGCUGUGAAAAUGGUGUUUUAAUUAUAUUCAAUAUGGUGAUUAUUUUGUCUCUACAACUCCACAGUGAACAAACCCAUCAUUUAAAGCUCACACACAGACACAGUUUAAAAUAGACCUUUAUUUCAGAUCCUAGAGACUUGAAGAAUAAAACACAUUGGCCACAAUGAUGUAUAUAAAUUUCCACUUAAUUCAACACUGUGUAUGAUCAAGCAUCACUGAACCAAGAGAAAAAGUAGAUGCAGUGUAUGUACAUAAUGCAGUGUUUAAAAUCAUUUUAAAAUGAUGUUAUAUGGCCUUGAUUGGGAAAUUAAAUUCAAGUGGUUAAAUUACUGUAGGUUAAGAUAGAUUAGGUGUUGUAAGAAAUCUUAUUGUUGGUCAAAAACACCCAGAGAGCCCCAGUGUUCUUUCAUGUAAAGAUUUAGUUAAAAUGAAAGUGUGUACAGAUACAACCCACAGCUUCAAAGUUCACUCAGUAGCCUAUCAGUGUUUGCUGUAGAGAUGUUUGGUUGUUAGAUUGGAGAAUAAACAAGGUCUGCUACUAAAUACAAAAAAAGUGUCACUUUACUGUUGACAUUACAACAUAAUCUCAAAGCACAGUUCAUACAAGUCACAGGCCUUAAAAAGAGUAAAAUAAUACCAUAAAAUGAAUUGAUAUUUGUUUUUUAUUACAUUGAGUUCUUCAAAUAAAACCUAGAAAUAACAAUACAAUAAAUACAAUAAACAAUAAAUUAAACAUAAGGCAGAAAUUAAUUACGAGUGCUGACAUAUUUUGAGAGCAACAUGAAAUAACUGCCUUUCAAGUCAAGGCAGAUGGUAAUUUUCUAGCUGAAAAAUAAACCAUGAUUAGCCAGUAACAUAUCAUACACAAUUAUAGACACAAUAUAAUACAGUGUUGUAUCCAGAGGCAGUUUAGUUUUGAUUUUCUGAGACAGAUCUAUGAUUAUAUUUGCCGAGCUCAAAAACGCACAGAGAAAAGUCAACAAUUCCCCUGCUAAUAACAAAGACAUUUUUGUAAUAAGGGAUAAAAAUUGGAAUAAAAUUCACAGUAAAUGUGAUGUUUAAAAGGUUCAUUUCAACAGCACAACAUGGAAUCUGAUUUGUUCAUUCAUGGACUGUUACUGUGGUUGUCAAUGGCAGUAUGCAAAUAUUCUUCCCACCACCAAAAAAACAAAAAAAAACAAAAAACAAUGUCUGAACUCUAAAAUACCAAACGUGAGCCAUUAAUUACUGCUCUAUGGUAAUUGAAGUAAAUCUUUGGACAGUAUCCCGGACAAAACAACUUUAACAGGAUAACUCUGGCAUCUAAAAGGCCUUUGACUCUCCAGCAUGCAUCCUUUGCACACCAUGUCUUACUAAAUCUUGAGUGUUUAAUCUCCGGUAAUUACAAAGAUUUGCUUAGGUUAAUAAAAAUAAUCCGCCUCAUUUGAGACCCCCUACCUGGACCUCCCCUGUGCCGUCUUGGCCCCUUUCCGUGAGGGAUAAAUUCAGAGUCAUAUAAAUACAGUCACCUUGAAGCACAACUCUGCAAUUCGGGACCGAUCGGCAGGUUUAUCAGAGAGUCGAAGAUAGUUCGCUUAAAUUUUGUGGGCAAACAAAGUGGCCGCAUUUAGUCGUGUAGACUGACGUCAUUUCCACGAGUUGAGACGGUGUCACUCGUUAGCGCAUCAAGGUUAACAACAGUUGAGAGGCUCAUCUUUAACUGUGACCUUAUCAACAGUAAGACUUUGGCGAAAGAAUCGAGUGGCGCCGCCGAGACGUUUACUUUAUGAAAGGCCCUAAUUUUUAAAGGAAAAUAGCCAUGCUGUGAAACUCAGACACACAACUCUGAGAGGACUUUUGGGAGAGACAUUUUUUUAAAUUCAUGAACUCAGAACUUUUCAGCAAUCAGUGUGGAGCCAAUAAAACCUCUGCAAUGAGUCUGAGAUUGCUUAAUUCAGAAAUGACAAUGGAGGACAAGAGCAGCCGCAACGGAAGCAGAGAAAGGCUCGGACUGAGCUUCACUAUUGACUACCUUCUGUUCAAUAAAGGAGUCAAAGGUUCGAAAGAAGAAGGAAGUCGCCCCGCAGAGCAGACAGAGAACAACAUGCUAAAUCAUCAGAUUCCUAAACCCGAAGAGGUGGGGAUUCGCCGCGAGACUCAGGAGAAGCGACUACAAAGGUCAGACACUGGGGAAAGGAUAGUCGAAGAAGAGGAGGGGGAUUCAACGCGUUUAGAGGAGGGGGAGGAGGAAGUGACCACCAUGACCACGUCUACUACCGGCAGCAGCAGUCCAGAGUCGUCUGUGGAUAAACCCAACCAGUCAUACAUCGCGCUCAUCUCCAAGGCAAUCCUCGCGUCCGAGCAGAAGAAGCUGCUGCUGUGUGACAUCUACCAGUGGAUCAUGGACCACUACCCUUACUUCAAGAGCAAAGAUAAAAACUGGAGGAACAGCGUGCGUCACAACUUGUCCCUCAACGACUGUUUCAUCAAAGCAGGCCGAAGUGACAACGGUAAAGGCCACUUCUGGGCGAUUCACCCAUCAAACUAUGAGGACUUUUCUAACGGGGACUACCACUGCCGGAGGGCCCGGCGGAGGGUACGAAGGGUGGCGGGACAACUUCCUCUUUCCUCCCUGGCCUCCCACUACCACCCUGCCCUCACCAGGCAUCACAGAACAACCUGCUGGUGUUGCCCCCCGGCCCCGGCCAUCCCUCUGUCCUGCUUGGCUCCCACACUCUACUGGCCCUGGUCCACCAUGCAGCCACAAGUCGGGCUCCACCUGGGCCUCAACGCCUCUUUACCCUGAGAGUGAUUUUGUUGUAUUACAGUUUGGCCCUGAAUUACUAUUGGGUAUCCUCUAGAAUCUUAUGCUAAUGAUUAUAUCAUUAGGAGAUGUUAAAAUUGAAAAAAGACUGGGUCAAUAUUUUGCUUUAUAAGUAAGAACAAAGUGAUUUCUAGGACUCUAAUGAUUUGCUAAAAUGUAUGAAUCUUUCAAAGCUGUUGCACUUCUUUCAUUUGUAUUCUGAAUGUUUUUAGAAUAACAAAAAUACUCUGUUUUGUUAUAAUCUCAUUAAAUAAUAUUGACUUU